AUGUUCCUUCGCUCAAUGGGACCCAGAAGGCAGUUGACGAACGAUCCACGGGACCAACACCCUCCCGAUCAACCACCGCCACCUAUGGAGACCACAGCAAGACCGUUCAACAUUGUCGCUUUUCUGCCAACGGUCAUACAGUAUGGGAUGCCCUUGAUCAGUCUCGUCUUCUAUGUGCUUUGCUAUUUAGAACUGCGGCAGCAAAGUGUGCAGCCACGCCCUAAAUUCCAUCUUCUUCCUCGCCAUGAAUCAUACCGCACACACCGUUCUACGGUCCAUGCUGCCGUGCUU